AUGUGGCACGUAGCGGGCAUGCCCAUUGUGGAGAGGAACUAUGCUUUGGUGGUCAACACAUUCUUUUGGACAAUUCUGGCCAUGAUAUUCAUUGCGAUGAGAUUGUUUACCAGAGCGUAUAUUGUCAAAAGAGUAGGGAUCGAUGAUUAUCUCAUGGUUUGCGCGAUGGCUUUCUCAAUUGCAUAUACAGUGACAGUAUUUAUUCAGAUACGAUGGGGUCUAGGUCAGCCAGUUAAUCUUGCGACACUGCAGCAGUUCCUCGCUGCGUUAUUCUCCACAGUCCCUUUAUACAACUUCACCCAAACCUUUUACAAACUGUCGAUGUUAACGCAAUCGUAUCGUCUAUUUACAACUGUUAUGGGUCAAAGAAUUAUCAAGUUUCUCAUAGCUUGGAUCAUUGUUUGUGGCAUUAUGUCUGUUUGUGGGAGUAUAUUCUAUUGCUUUCCUGUCGCGAAAGCUUGGAACUUCUCUCUAGAAGGUUUUUGUUUCAAUCGCCCGGCACUCAACUACUCAAUCUCCGGAUUCAACAUAGUCAACGAUCUUAUCCUAGUCGCUAUUCCAACGCCCUUUUUGAUGAAACUUCAAUUACCAAAGAAGCAGAGAAUAGUGCUCAUUUCAGUUUUUGCUUGUGGAGCUAUAGUGACUGUCGUCUCUGUAAUUCGUCUCAAAGCGCUGUACACAAAUCUCAAUGGGCCUGAAGAACUCCAGCCGGUUACUGGAGUAGACAUUGCUCUUUGGUCUGGUCUUGAGAUCAACAUGGCAAUUAUCUGUGGUUCCGUUCCAGCACUCAAGGCCUUCGUUUCACGAGUCAUUUUACGAAAUACACAUUUGAGUUCAUCUGGAGGACGAGAGGGAUACGGAAAGUCAUCGACUCAUGGCCGACAAUUCCCAAGAAGCAAACUCGAUAGCCAAACGGCAGAUGCAUUCGAUGACGGUGGCGAGCGAGGUCCUAUGGAGAUCAUGGUACAGAGGGAUAUAGAAUUGAAACAUUUCAAAGUGGCGGAUGAUGAUGGAAGCGAAAGCGAUUUGAUUAUACAAAACAACCAGGUCUUGAACAAUUUUUCAAAGCCGAAUUUGGAGGGUGUUAUGGUAAACGGAAAGGGAAAUGAUAACGCAAGUUUAAAAUAG